GUCACGUGGUCAGUGCUACUUCCGGUAGUGCGUUUCCUAAAUCGUCCGCUGUUCUGGUUUAGAAGGCCAAAUAGCGACAACCCGACGUGAUGGCGGCAUCGUUACGUCUCCUCUUUUCCGUGUCUAGGCCAGGCUCCUUUAUAGCGAGCCACAAUCUUGUGCGUCCUCUCAGUUUAUCAGCACACAGAGAGGGCUACAAAUAUGUGAAUGCUCAGGAACCUCUCAAUGAUAUGAAGUCCAUCACAGACCGAGCCGCUCAGACCCUGCUGUGGACAGAGCUGUUCCGAGGUUUGGGAAUGACUAUGAGUUAUCUUUUCCGUGAGCCUGCCACCAUUAACUACCCGUUUGAGAAAGGACCACUGUCCCCACGUUUUCGUGGAGAGCACGCCCUGCGCCGGUACCCAUCUGGAGAGGAGCGCUGCAUCGCCUGCAAGCUGUGUGAGGCUAUCUGCCCAGCACAGGCCAUUACCAUCGAAGCCGAACCUCGUGCUGACGGCAGCAGGCGAACAACACGUUACGACAUUGACAUGACAAAAUGCAUCUACUGUGGUUUCUGCCAGGAGGCCUGCCCUGUGGAUGCCAUUGUAGAGGGGCCCAACUUUGAAUUUUCUACAGAGACUCACGAGGAGCUUCUCUAUAACAAGGAAAAGCUGCUCAAUAACGGAGACAAAUGGGAGGCUGAGAUUGCAGCAAAUAUUCAGGCUGACUAUCUUUAUAGAUAGACAGACUGUCUCGUUUCUGGCACACACACACACACACUGACUGACUGACAGACAAACUGACAUCUGACUGACUGAGCAUCAGCUGAGUUAUUUUCAUCAGUAGCGAUCAUUGAUAAAUUGUUCAGAGUUUACUCAUGAUUCAGGUUGAAAGGCCCAAAGGAUUGGAGCACAAACACCAUGCUAUAAUAACAGACUUUUAAUAAUUCAAAAUGGUGAGAAUACAAUGACGAGUUUUGAAAACUCUGUGUCCAGAAAGUCGUACCAGUCCUGAAAUCUGUUCAGAAACCAUGGCACUUAUGUACUGUACUUCUGUACAAAACCUCUGACACCCACAUUGUAGAGUUUCCUCACGCCGUAUACAACAUGGUGGUACAACAUGUGAGACAGCCUUGAAUGCCAUCCAUUUUCCUUUAAAAAUAACUCUGCCUACACAAAGCGCACAACUCGGCAAUAGAGGUGUUGCAGAAAGAACAUUUGUGUUGUUGCCCUGAUGUUAAAGACAGACUGGGUUGUGUGUCCGUAUAACAACUGUACAAAAUACCUGUAUUAAAUAAAUUAA